AUGAGCAACGCCAAUCAAUAUACGGAAAAUGCUCUUCUUUAAGAGCAAGGCACGGUUGGGAAUGCCAACCAAAACCAAAUGCAAUAAGAGAAUCAAAAUCAAAUAUACACUUUCAAAGCUCCUUGGCCAAUCUAUGCUAUGGGAUUUCAAUCAAAACCUACGCCGCAAUCUCGUAUAGCUAUAGGAAGUAUGAUUGAAGAUGUUCAGAAUGAAGUUUACAUCUUGCAAUUAGACAAAGAAUAAGAAUCCUUUUUCAAGAAGGCUAAAUUCAAUCAUAGAUAUGCUCCCACAAAAGUAUUAUGGAUUCCUGAUGUUGAAGGAAAGUAUCCAGAUCUCCUAGCCACCAGCGGAGAAAAUCUGAAGGUUUGGGAGUAUGAUGAUUAAAAUGCACAAGUGAAGAUCAAGUGGGACUUAAAGAAUACAAGUGACUUCAAUGCACCCUUAACUUCAUUUGAUUGGAGUUGUAAAUAGUAGAAUUAUAUUGGAACUGCUUCAAUAGAUACUACUUGUACUUUAUGGGAGAUAGAAAAAUAGACUGUCUUUACUUAGUUAAUAGCACACGAUAAAGAAGUCUAUGAUAUUUGUUUCAGUGUAGAUCAUCAAAUCUUUGCUUCUGUGGGUGCAGAUGGCAGUUGCAGACAAUUCGACUUGAGAGCUUUAGAUCAUUCUACAGUUUUGUUUGAAACUGAAAAUAAUAAUCCCAUAGUUAGAUUGGCGUGGAAUAAAAUGGAUACGAAUUAUCUAGCAAUAAUUGAGAUGGAUGUUAAUUAUGUAACGCUAUUGGAUACGAGACAACCACUUUUACCAUUAGCCAAACUAAAGAAUCAUAAAGACUUUGUUAAUGCAAUAGCAUGGGCACCUGAAUCAACAACUCAUCUUUGUAGUGUAUCUGAUGAUUUUUCAGCUUUGAUUUGGGACUUUUCAGAAUUGCAGAAUAAACAAAAUGACCUUAACUCUAUUGAUCCCUUAUUAGAAUAUAAAGCAGAAAACGAAAUAAGUAAUUUGUCAUGGUCCUUAACUAAAGUAGACUAAGUGAGCAUUUGCUAUAAUAAAUCGUGUUAAAUUUUAAAUGUUUGA